CUUGACCAUUCUGGUCAAAUUACGCACUCACGCAUGUCGCGGACGGAAUCGCGCAGUCGACAGGACGUACGACGUACAUUUUCUCUCUUCCACGUUCGGGAGUAGGUGAGGGACGAUGAAGGGGAUAUACCUGGUCGUCACCGCCAUCGUCUUCCUGGCGUCAUGGAGCGUGAUCGCCGCGGAGGGGGAGGAGGAGGAAUUCGACAGAAUUCCCACGAAAUGCCCAGCCAAGGACCCGAAGGAUACCACGAUCCACCUGGCGCACGAGUACGAUUGCACAAAGUUCUACAUGUGCCAAGGCGGCAAGAAGAUCCUGCGACAAUGCCCCUACAUGAACAAGAAGGGUGACAGGCUGCACUUCAAUCCGCGCCUUCAAGUCUGCGACUGGCCAUGGAAAGCUGGUUGCAAGCACAGGAACUUUGACGAAGAACAAGCCGUAGGGACGGAGGACAAAUUUGCUUUGAUGGAAAAUCACGAGAGGGUAGCGCUCACGGUAAGUGCUGCUGAAUGUCCUGCUGGAAACCCUGGCAACAACACGAUCCUUAUUCCGCAUGGUCACGAUUGCACAAAGUUCUACAUGUGCGUCGGGAGUGAGAAAAUUGUACAAGACUGCCCAUACAUGAACGACGAAGGCGACCGACUGCACUUUAACCCGCGUCGCCGAGUUUGCGACUGGCCAGGUGACGCUGGCUGCGAGGACCAGGAUUCUGCGGAGGAAUGGAAAGAACGCGAAGGAAUGGAGGAAGAACCUAUUUCAGACGAGGAAGAGCACGGAUCGUCGAAAAUCCCCAGAAAGUGUCCAGCCAAGGACCCGAAGGACACUACGAUCCACCUCGCGCACGAGUACGACUGCACAAAGUUCUACAUGUGCCAAGGAGGCAAGAAGAUCCUGCGACGAUGUCCUUACAUGAACGACAGAGGUGACCGAUUGCACUUCAACCCACGGCUUCAGGUCUGCGAUUGGCCCGAUGAUGCGGGUUGUCGAUCGUCAUCGCGCGGCCCAGAGCCCACAUGGCAUACGGAGCCGACCUGGCGCACACGACGCACCAGACCCACAGAGCCGACCUGGCACACACGACGCACCAGACCCACAGAGCCGACCUGGCACACACGACGCACCAGACCCACAGAGCCGACCUGGCACACACGAUACACAAGACCCACGGAGCCCACAUGGCACACACGGUAUACAAGGAACCACACACGACCCACGCGACCUACGCGACCUACGCGACCUACGCGUCCACCUCCAGGAGACGACGAAUGUCCGUGGGGCAGCGAUGGUCUCUUGCUGCCUCAUCAAUGCAAUUGCGCCAUGUUCUACGAGUGCGUGAAGGGCGACAAGAUCUUGCGCGAAUGCGCAGACGGUUUGUACUUUAGCAAGAGGCGUCAGGGUUGCGUCAAGAUCGAAGAUUCGGACUGCAAGAGGAAGAAGCCACCGCCUAAGUGCAGCUGGGAGGGCGAGUUCAUACCUCACGAGUGCGACUGCACCAAGUACUACAAGUGUCGAAGGGACGAUCAGGUGUUGCGAAAGUGCGAUGACGGUCUUCACUUCAGCCCGAAACGUCGGAAGUGCGAACACCCGGACAAAGCCGGUUGCAACGGCGGGGGCGAGCCUCCUGGUCCUGGCGACUGCCCGUAUCCCACCCCUGAGCACCCGUGGCGCCAUGAGUGCGACUGCAGAUUGUUCUACAAGUGCGAAGGCGGAAAGAAACGUUUGUACGAGUGCCCCUGGGGAUAUUACUUCGACAUGAAGAGAAACGGAUGCAGUCCGCGGGAACGUAUAACCGAUUGCAAAAAUCGUUGGGAAGACUGAGAGCCCGAGAAACACUCGAUUCCAGUAGGUCUUGGAAGGCCUUUUAGUCUUGGAGGAUGUUAGAAUAAAGACAAAAAGGAGCUCGAAGUAGUGACGAGCUCGGAAAAUAAAUUGCACGCUCGACUAUUCCGGGCAUCCGAUUUUCGGCAUCGAUGACUUCGCCGCUCAACUCUCCCGCUUUUUCUUUCAGGAAUAUGUACAUAUCAUUACCCACGUAGAAGAGGUAAUUAAGCCGCGCUAAUGGAAAAUAAAAAUAAAAUGGUCAAUUGUAAUCGGCCGAGAUUCGCCUCAAAAUUGGCGUCGUAAAAAAAACUGGUUGAACUGGAGUGUCGAUGAAACGAAAUAAAAAAUAUAUGCGUGUCCAAGUACGUUUCUUUUCUUUAU